AUGUCUAUCAAGCAUCUACCUCUGACUCUCAUCGUCGCGGCCACGCCCAAGCAUGGCAUCGGCAAGAAUGGCGUUUUACCAUGGCCGAUGCUGAAGAAGGAAAUGGCUUACUUCGCACGCGUCACAAAACGUGUACCCAUGCCCAAGGACACUGGAUCUGUCCAGUCUGAUGCCUGGAAACAGGCAAAUCUGGAAGGUAUGCGACAGAAUGCUGUCAUCAUGGGACGAAAGACGUGGGAGAGUAUUCCACCUAAAUUUCGGCCGCUCAAGGACAGGACGAAUGUGGUUGUUUCUUCGCAAGACCGGACGAAGCUGCAGGGUGUCACUGACGACGUUGUCGUGGCGAGAAGUAUUGAGAAGGGCCUCGAGGCUCUUGGAGAGUGGGUGAGAGUGGGAAAGGGCAAGCCUGUGGGUAGAGCUUUUGUCAUUGGAGGAGAGAGUAUCUAUCGUGCUGCGCUGGAGAUGCAGCAGACGAAGGCUGUGCUACUGACGAGGAUUCAGAAGGAGUAUGAAUGCGAUACUUUCUUCCCAGAUCUCUUGGAAGGUCCCGCGACUGCGUGGCAGAAAACUUCCAAGGCAGAAUUGGAGGAAUAUGUUGGCGAAGAACUACCAGAACUCCCACUCAUGGAGGCCGUCAAUGGCGAAGAGAUCUCUUACGAACUCCAGCUUCUCGAGCGACCUUGA